AUGGCUCAGAAUCAAGCCUUGCGCUGGAUUCAGCUGCUGCUGAAAUGUACGAUUUUUCUGUCGAUGACUGGGGCCGCUGUAUCGUCGAGAUUGUUCUCAGUGAUUCGGUUCGAAUCCAUCAUCCACGAAUUCGACCCUUGGUUCAACUUUAGAGCCACAAAGUACCUGGUGAACCACGGGUUCUACAAGUUUUUGAACUGGUUCGACGACCGAACAUGGUAUCCGCUGGGAAGAGUGACCGGUGGGACGUUGUAUCCGGGUCUCAUGACGACGUCCGCUGCUGUUUGGCACGGACUACGUAAGAUUGGGCUGCCCGUGGACAUCAGAAACGUGUGUGUGCUGUUUGCGCCUGCGUUUUCCGGUGUCACUGCGUGGGCCACUUACCAUUUGACGUGCGAAAUCAAAGACUCCGGUGCAGGCCUGUUGGCAGCCGGUUUCAUUGCCAUUGCUCCCGGUUACAUUUCCAGAUCUGUGGCUGGCUCUUACGACAACGAAGCCAUUGCCAUCACUCUGUUGAUGGUCACGUUCAUGUUCUGGAUCAAAGCCAUGAAAACGGGUUCCAUCAUGCACUCCACGUUCGCCGCUGUGUUCUAUUUCUACAUGGUGUCCGCAUGGGGUGGCUACGUUUUCAUCACCAACUUGAUCCCGCUUCACAUCUUCCUUUUGAUCUUGAUGGGACGCUAUUCCACUCGUCUUUACUCCGCCUACACUACCUGGUACGCCAUAGGAACGCUAGCGUCGAUGCAAAUCCCCUUCGUCGGGUUUUUGCCCAUCAGAUCCAACGACCACAUGGCUGCUCUUGGCGUCUUCGGAUUGAUGCAAGUCGUGGCAUUGGGAAAUUUCGUCAAAUCUCAGGUUUCGUGGCAAAAAUUCAAGACCGUUAUGGUUCUAUCGUUGGCUUUCCUCUUAGCCGUUGGUAUUUGCGGUCUCUUUGCGCUCACCUAUUUUGGCUACAUCGCACCUUGGACUGGAAGAUUUUACUCGCUAUGGGAUACCAAUUACGCCAAGAUUCACAUUCCGAUCAUUGCAUCGGUGUCAGAGCAUCAGCCUACAGCAUGGCCCGCAUUUUUUUUUGACACCCAAUUUCUGAUUUGGCUAUUCCCUGCAGGUGUCUUUUUGCUGUUUUUGGAGUUGAAGGACGAACACGUUUUCGUCAUCGCUUACUCGGUUCUGUGUUCCUAUUUCGCCGGUGUAAUGGUUAGAUUGAUGUUGACGCUGACUCCUAUCAUUUGUGUAUGUGCUGCCGUUACCAUCUCCAAACUCUUUGAUGUCUAUGCGGAUUUCUCUUUUCCCCAGGACAAUGCUGCCUCGGGAGCAAUUUCGCGGAAGACUCGUUUGAUGACUUUGAUUACCAAGUUGACCGUGUGCGCCUCCUUUUUGGGUUACCUGUACUUGUUUGUCUACCACUGCACAUGGGUCACAUCGAACGCGUAUUCAUCACCAUCAGUGGUCCUACCCUCGCGUAAUCAAGACGGAUCGCCAGCGUUGAUUGACGAUUUUCGUGAAGCAUACUACUGGUUGCGUAUGAACACUGCGGAAGAUGCCAAAGUCGCUUCGUGGUGGGAUUACGGUUACCAAAUUGGUGGCAUGGCCGAUAGAACCACGCUUGUUGACAAUAACACUUGGAACAACACUCAUAUCGCCAUCGUUGGUAAAGCCAUGUCUUCGCCUCAGGACAAGGCUUAUGAAAUUUUGAAGGAGCACGAUGUUGACUACGUGUUGGUCAUUUUUGGAGGUUUAAUUGGAUUCUCAGGCGAUGAUAUCAAUAAGUUCUUGUGGAUGGUCCGUAUCUCGGAGGGUAUUUGGCCGGACGAGAUCAAGGAGCGAGAGUAUUUCACACCUUCGGGCGAGUACCGCAUGGAUGCGAUGGCGUCGCAAACGAUGAAGGAUUCAUUGAUGUACAAACUAUCAUACUAUAGAUUCCCAUCGGUCUACAAUGGUGUCGAAGGAAUGGACCGGGUACGUGGUCAAAGGAUCAGACAGCAAGAUAUUGGGGAAUUGGACUAUUUCGAAGAAGUCUUUACCUCUGAAAACUGGCUUGUGAGAUUAUACAAGUUGAAGGAGCUAGAUCCAAUUGGUAGAGACCUACGUUCUGCUGGAGAAUUCGAUCGCAAUGCGGCUCGUGGACUGAAAAAGAGAAUUGCGAGAAAACCAGCAUUGGACUUCAGGGUUUAG